CCCGGGCCCUCACAUUACGUAACGCACACGCACAGGACGGCGCACAAACAAUGUGAUUUUAUUUUACUCCGAUUUUUUUCUACUCUUUUAGAUUUUACAAUUUAUUAGGAUUAGUGUCGUGAUAAUUUAUCUAGUAGUCGCGCGAUUUUUUUUUCUCUCCUUUUGGUGUUUAGAUUAGAAAUAUCGACAUACUUAACUGUACAGUUAACAAUUUUGACGAGACAUUAAAUACUUUCAAGUGACUUUCGCCUGGCAUUUUAAAUGAUUACCAUGAAUACAUUAAGAAGAUGAGAUCUCAGUUAAAAAGGAAACUUUUCGGCGGCCGGAAAACCGAUGGCAGAUGUCUUGAAGAAAAUUGUGAAAAUCGAUCGAUAGUUUUAGAUAAGUAAUAAGUAGUAGUUAAGAGGUCCUAAAAAUGUUCACAACGAGAAGAAUGAAGAAUGAUAACUUUGAAUUAAAAAGGAAAUCAUCGUGAAAAUUAAUGAAAAUUUUCACUCUAUUUGUUCUAAGCAUAUAGCGAUACUUCUGUAUAAAAAUGAAUGAAAGAGAUCGUGGUGAACGUGAUUACAUAGGAUUCGCGACUCUACCGGAACAGGUACAUCGCAAAUCAGUUAAAAGAGGGUUCGACUUCACACUGAUGGUUGUUGGAGAGUCGGGCCUUGGGAAAUCAACACUAAUCAACAGCCUAUUUCUAGGAGACCUUUACAAAAACAGAAAAAUUUCCGAUGUCCAAGAUAGAAUAGAAAAAACAACAACAAUCGAAAAGAAGACCAUGGAGAUCGAAGAACGUGGUGUGAAGCUGCGACUGACAAUAGUAGAUACUCCAGGGUUCGGGGAUGCUAUAAAUUGCGAGGAUUCUUGGAGAGUCUGCUCAGCGUACGUGGACGAGCAGUUCCGGCAGUACUUCACGGACGAGAGUGGUUUGAACCGACGGCAUAUGCAGGACAAUAGAGUUCAUUGCUGCUUGUAUUUUGUACCACCUUGGGCUCAUAGCUUGCGUCAAGUCGACUUGGAGAUGAUGAGACGACUGCACCGGAAGGUGAACAUCGUGGUGGUGAUAGCGAAGGCGGACUCGCUCACCACGGCGGAGGUGAAGAGACUCAAGACGCGCAUACUGAACGACUUGGACGAGCAUCAAAUACAGGUGUACCAAUUCCCGGAAUGCGACAGCGAUGAGGACGAGGAGUUCAAACAACAAGACCGGGAGUUGAAAGCGGCGGCACCGUUCGCUGUGGUGGCUUCCGACACCGUUCUGGAGGUCGGCGGCAAACGCGUGCGCGGCCGGCAGUACCCCUGGGGAAUCGUCGAUGUGGAGAACCCGCGGCACUCGGAUUUCACAAAGCUGCGCACGAUGCUGAUAUCGACGCAUAUGCAAGACCUGAAGGACGUGACGCAGGACGUGCAUUACGAAAACUUCCGUGCUCAGUGCAUUUCGCAAAUAUCGCAGCAUGCCAUGCGGGAGCGAGGGAAACUGAAAAGAGACUCUAUGGGUAACAACACCGAAGUAGUUUUCACCGACACGGAUCGCCUGUUGCUACAAAAGGAUGAGGAGAUUCGACGUAUGCAAGACAUGUUAACACAAAUGCAAGAAAAACUCAAAGCUACCGAUAAGAAACACGACAGCAUUAUCGAUGUAUAGAGAAUAGACUGCAAGAUUAGUGUUUUAAAUAAGUUUUUAAUGUUUGUCUCCUUUUCAAUCCCGGUUGAAAAAAUCUAAAUAAAGUACCUACAUAAAUAACGUCAUCGUCAUACCCCUUCCAAGUUAGCUCGCUUCUAUCUUAGUCUGCAUCAUCAGUCAUCACUUACCACCAGGUGAGACUGCAGUCAAGCGCUAACUUGUAUUUGAAUAAAAAUAAAAAAUAUAAUAAGUAGUUACCUAGCCAAGUUUUGUUAGGUUACUGAAUAACAACACAUUUUAAAAUUCAAGUUGGACGUUUUAUCGCUUUCAGCCAAGAUUGAAAUGGAGGCCUAAUAAGAUCCAAAAAUUAUGAUUAAGGUAAUAAUAUGUAGGUAUUGUAGUUUGUUAUUAAACUAGGAAUUAGAACUUAAACGCAGGUGUAGUAUAGAACCACAAAAUGUAAGCGUUAUAAAAUUUUACAGAUUUUUAAGAAUUGAAAUCUACAGUGAUGUUUUAAAAAUAAACUUACAAAGGUGGCUAAAUUUGAAAUUACACCAACAAACGUGCGUAAGUAGGUAGUGCGUAUAUUAUUAUACCCAAUCUUUGCCACUUAGGUUCAUAUAAUCGUAUGUUGAAAAUUAAAUUUUAAAAAAUCCUUUAAAAUUAUUGUGAAAAAUAAAAAUGCGUGAACCAAGCACUAUUAUUAGUUCAAUGGAACCAAGGAUAUUUAAGUACCUACCUACCUUAGAGCUUUAAUCCUUGUAAUGAUGAAAAGUUCGAGCAAAAAAUUAUUACACUAAGAAUUAUUUAUCGAAAGGUCGAGAAUAAUUUUCCCAAUAUUUCCUAAUAGUUUUAAAAUUUCUCUCACAGUGAGUAAAUCCUCCUCUGCGCACACUCCCCAGCUUUAUUAAUUGAUAUAAAUUAGUUGAUCAGGCAUUAUUUUGCUCUGAUCAGUAAUAAUUUUCAUUGAGCCCUUUGAUUUACUAACUUGAUUAAAUAAUUUUAAAUGCGCAGUACACCUCCUUAUUUCUAGCACGUAUUUAGGUAGAGGUACUUGAAACGUUAGUCAAAUUUUCGAAUAGAAAAAUAUUGUAUGGAUUAAAGUCUCACCAUAAGUAAUUUAUAAAAUUGUUAUGUAGGUAUACCUGUGUAACGAGUUAAGCUCAUAGAUAGAACUUACUUUUUAGGGUGGGAUAGGUAGGUAUAGUCUUUUUAGAGGAAAUAUAAUAUAGAUGCCAUCACUGUUUUAGAAUUUUAAAAAUUCUUAGAAAUUACCUACUGCUGUGUUGCUGCCGAUCGAUGGUUUCCGGCAUAAACCAAUACCAUCUACUUUUUAAAUACCUACUUUUUGAGUCACAUUCGUACCUACCUAAUAUGCAUAAUAUAAAAUACAUCAACGUGAAACUAUAAUUAUUUGGUAUCUGUUUACGUAGGUACCUAUACUAGUUACUACCUAUAUAAAAUUUUAGAUUUAUAGAAAAAUUUCCAUGUAAGCUCAUAAAACAAGAUUCACUUUUAUUUCCUUGAGCCUCUUAUGAUUGUUGUGGCUAAUUGAUUGAAUGAUUUUCUGCAGGGAGUAUUAUUAAAAAAGAUAGAGAUAGCGUACAACUAAAUUAGCCACAAUUACCUACGUAAAGUGAAUAAAUCCUUUUUAAAAUCCAUAUCCAUACUAAGUAAUAUAGAAAAUGCUAAAUUGUGUCUGUCUAUCUAAGCAGGUAGGUGUGUGUUUGUCUAUUUAACUAUGUGUGUUAUCUUUUUACGACUCGUGCUCUUUACCUACUGAUUUUUGCACAAAAUUCAGUAGUUAAGUAACUACAGAGAGGUUGCAUGAAAAUAAAAAAAAACCAAAAUCAUUUAUUCAAAAUA